GAGAGAGAGAGAGAGAGAGAGAGAGGAUAAAGGAGAGACAAAAGGAGAACAUACCAAAACAUCACUUCAGUGGUUCAUUUGGGCUCUGGACCUGAGGCUUUGUGACCGGAAAGGAAAAGAGAAUCCAGGCGUGAGCUGAGUGUGAGUGUGUGUGUGUGAGUGUGUGUGUGGGUGGGUGGGUGCAUGACACAACUGGAUCAGAGGAGAUGAGAUCUUAGUGGACAGCCUCCAGUAGAUCCCAGAGAGCCGCCGGUCCGAUGGAAGGACAGCCCGCCCGUCACACAGGAGCCAGUGGAGGAGGAGAGGGGGACGAGGGAGGGAAGGAGAGAGAGGAGAGGAAGAGGAGAAGGUCGGGAUCGGAAGAUGACCACAGCUCUGCGGCCAGCGGCGUGGACGUGGUGGACCGCCUGACGUACCUGGAGCAGAGGAUGCAGAUGCAGGAGGAUGAGAUCCAGCUGCUGAAGAUGGCCCUGUCAGACGUCCUGAAGAGGCUCAACAUCUCAGAGGAGCACCAGGCUGCAGCCAAUAGGAAGAACCCGGCAGGAAGCAAAGCAGCCAGGCCUGUGUCUCUGGCUCUGCCCUUCAGACCCCCCAUGGUGAGCCACAGGGCUGCCCCUCUGAAGAGCACCACGCUGCCCUCUGCCUCCACAGCAAGGAACUACUCUGCCUCCCCCACUCCCACCAAGAGUGGAGUGAUGAGCCCUGCAGGCAGUGUAAAGGACAGCCCCUGCACCUCUAAGACCACCAGACCUCGGCCCACUUCUGCGGCCCCCACCUGUAAGAAAACUCAUGAGAGCGGCAGCAAAGCCAAGGAGCCUGCAGUAAGUGUAGGGUCAAGGCGUGUGACACACUGCAAAGUGACUAUGCAGAUCUAUCUGAGCCCCCUCACAAGAAGGACUGGAUCUUCUGAGGCGCCCAAAUCAGCACCUACCGUCCCCAACACCCGCCCCACAGAGCCACCCUCCGCCCCCCACCCCAAGGCAGGCUCCAGCAAAGACCAGGCCAGACCAGAGACCCACAAAACAGCCUCAGCCUUCAACCUCCCCCUCCAGAAAAGUACCACCCAGAAUACAUACUCUCACAUGGACACACUCAGCUACAAAAGCCCUAUCAAAUCACCUAGCCAGUACUUCCAAAUAUGUUACUAGUGUGUAGGCUAGGCGAACGAGGAGGUUUUUAACGUCUUUUAACGUUUUUCCUUGGGUCUUUCAUUUUUCCUUGGUAUAGUUCCGUUUAGGGUUGCAUAGUGCGAUAAUCGGUUUCUGAACCUGGCGUUAGACAGGACUUCCACAGCGAGCUAGGGAACUUGAUUGAGGACUGUUGAAAAUGCUGUUCAAAUCUUUUAAUGUUUGAAGGCAAAUGAUAAUAGGGGGGAAGCUUGUCUACAGUCGAGGGAAAGAGUGACUGUGAAGAAGUCGUGUUGAUUAGGUAUUUGAUUUGAGUUUUGAAUGUUGUUUGCAUUACCUAACAUAGUAGUAGAUAACACAAGACGAUCUAGUACUAUUAUAGAAGUCUAGCACUAGUAGUUUUUUGCCUCUCCACUUUCAUAACUAUUUACUUUUCUUAAAACCAAACACCCGUUUUAAAAAGUGUUUUUUACCUUCUCUCUGUUGGUGAAGUCUUGAUUGUCUGUGUGGAUAAUUGUGUGAGUCAGUGUCAGUAGAGUGUAUGAGUGUGCAUUAGUACUCUCCUAUAAGUCAGUUCUGUUUUUGCUUUUUGUUCCAUGUUUCUGUCAGCUGCUAUGCCAGCUGCUAAUAAACAUUUCAGUUUUCUCCA